GCCCCUUGGCACGGGGUGCAAGGCACUUCGCAGGCACUGGUUGUGGCAGGAGGAUACUUUUUUUGCGGGGGGUGGCUGCCUGCUUGCCAGCAACCCUCGCCCAGGGCUGGCUACCCGAGCUGGGUUCCCUGUUGCCUUUAAGGGCGUUUUUGGGGGAGGCGAGGGGAGCGGAGCGGGGCUGGACUUGGAGAGCGCUGUGCAGCUGGAGAGAGGGAAGAGGAGAAGAAAGAGGGAGAAGGAGAGAGAGGAGGGAGGGGAGCGGAGGAAAAGGCCGCCCAGGACCCCCUUCCUCCCCAGGGCUGGGGCUGGUGCCCCCGGACUCCCCAGCCCCGGGCCACCUGGGGGUGCGGAGGGGAGCAGGGGGCAGCGGGACCCCCUGCACCCCUCCAUUGCCGGGGUCCUGCUUGCGGGGCGCGAAACCCUUCGGCUCUCCCCCUUCUUCCCUCCCCUCCCUCCUCCCUCCCUCCUUCCUUCCUUCCUUCUCCAGGCUUGGCCCGGGGAGGGAGGGGGGCUCUGCCUGCAGUCUGCCUUCACGCCUGCAACUCCGGGCGACGCCGGGCUCCCUCCUUCCCCCCGACCCCCCUGUGCCCCCCCGCGACCCCCGGGCCAGGUGAGGCUGUGCUGCCGUCCCUUUCGGAUGUAGGCAGGCGAGACCCCGGAUGGAUUUCGGGAGCGUCAUGAACCAGGCCGUGACCCCCUGCUCCCCUGCUGUCAACUAUGAGCUGGUAAGCAAGACCCCCGUGAGCCAUGAAUGGCAAGCAGGGCUCUGGGAACACCAGGGGCAAUGGGACCCCCUGUUCUGCACUGGGCAUGGAGCUUUCUCUGCUUGGGGGCUUCAGGAUGAUGCCACAAAAUCCCCUAGGAGCGGACAGUCACGCCGUAAAGCAUCCAGGAGCGUGAGUCUGACCGCAGCUAUGGAUAGCAGCUGCGAACUGGACCUGGUGUACAUCACAGAGCGGAUUAUUGCUGUCUCCUACCCCAGCACGGCUGAGGAGCAGAGCUUCUGCAACAAUCUCCAUGAGGUGGCCCACAUGCUGAAGUCCAAGCAUGGGAACAACUAUGUGCUUUUCAACCUCUCUGAGCGGAGACAUGACAUCAGCAAACUUCACCCCAAGGUGCUGGAUUUUGGGUGGCCCGACCUGCACACCCCAGCGCUGGAGAAGAUCUGCAGCAUUUGCAAAGCUAUGGACACGUGGCUCAAUGCGGCACCACACAAUGUGGUGGUGCUGCACAACAAGGGGAACCGUGGCCGGCUGGGGGUGGUGGUGGCUGCCUACAUGCACUACAGCAACAUCUCGGCCAGUGCUGACCAAGCUCUGGACAGGUUUGCCAUGAAGCGCUUCUAUGAGGACAAGGUAGUGCCAGUGGGACAGCCAUCCCAGAAGAGGUACAUCCAUUACUUCAGCGGGCUCCUGUCUGGCAGCAUCAAGAUGAACAACAAACCCCUCUUCCUCCACCACGUCAUCAUGCACGGCAUCCCCAACUUUGAGUCGAAAGGCGGUUGUCGGCCCUUCCUGAAAAUCUACCAGGCCAUGCAACCCGUCUACACAUCAGGGAUCUACAAUGUGCAAGGAGACAGCCAGACGGGUAUCUGCAUCACCAUUGAGCCUGGUUUACUCCUCAAGGGCGAUAUCUUGCUGAAAUGCUACCACAAGAAGUUUCGCAGCCCGACCCGUGAUGUCAUUUUCCGCGUGCAAUUCCACACGUGUGCUGUGCACGACCUCGAUGUUGUCUUUGGCAAGGAGGACCUGGAUGAAGCCUUCAGAGAUGACCGCUUCCCUGAGUAUGGGAAGGUGGAGUUUGUGUUCUCCUACGGCCCUGAGAAGAUCCAAGGCAUGGAGCACCUGGAGAAUGGGCCCAGCGUCUCUGUGGAUUACAACACAUCUGACCCACUCAUCCGAUGGGACUCCUAUGAGAACUUCAACAUCCAACGUGAGGACAGUGCGGAAGGUGCCUGGACUGAGCCACCCCUGCCCAGCAAGCACCUGGAGAAAGAGGUUGGGCAUACGCAAGGGCCCCUGGAUGGGAGCCUCUACGCAAAAGUGAAGAAGAAAGACUCCCUCCACGGCAGCACCGGUGCCGUCAACACCACUCGCCUCCCACUCUCGGCAGCGUCUAACCACGUCGAGCACACGCUGUCGGUGAGCAGUGACUCGGGCAACUCUACCGCAUCCACCAAGACUGACCGGACUGAUGAGCAAGGAGUGCCCGGGGCACCCAGCAGCCAGGCGGUGCUGAGCCCCGAGGAGAAGCGGGAGCUGGAUCGUCUCCUCAUUGGCUUUGGCUUGGAGAGCGCGCCACCCAUGCACAACCACGUGCCCGGCCCUGUGCCGGCACGCCUGACCACCAUGCCGGGCCGUCACGUGGUGCCUGCUCAGGUGCACGUCAAUGGGAAUGCUGCAGCUCUGGUGGCUGAGCGGGAGACAGAUAUCUUGGAUGACGAGCUGCCAAACCAAGAUGGGCACAGUGUGGGCAGCCUGGGCACGCUGUCCUCCUUUGACGGCACCACCACUGCCAGUGAGGCUGGCUACCAGGAGGCACCCCAGGUGGGCAGCCUCUCCUCCCUACCAAAUGGCCCCUCCAGCUGCAAUGGGGCUGAGAAGCUGAUGAAGGAAGGCCUGUACGAUGGUGAGCCGCUCUCCAAUGGCGGCUAUCCCUACAACAACCAGAAUUCCCUGUUGGGCCACCACAUCCGUGACCCGCUGCCUCCCUUACGGCCCUCGGCAUCUGCUCAGGAGCACUUGUCUGGCUACCCGCAACACCCACCGGGCUCGCACACCUCAGGCUGGCUCCAGUCCCAGCCACUGCCUGCAUCCCAGCCCUACCUAUACAGCUACGACCCCUCUGGCACUUUUCGCUCCCGGUCCUUCCCUGCGGUGGACAUGGCAAAGUACGAUGCAAACACGGCACUGCCCCAGGCCCCGGCUCGCAGCACCAGCAGCAGGGAGGCUGUGCAGAGGGGCUUGAAUUCCUGGCAGCAACAAGGAGGGAGCCGGCCACCUUCCCGGCUGCAGGAGGGUGGUGUGGAAAGCCACAGUCCCAGUGUCUCCAGCUGCAGCCCUCAGCCCAGUCCGCUGCAGCCAGUGCCUCCCCACAGCCACAGCAUGCCUGAAUUCCCCCGUGCACCCUCCCGCCGGGAGAUUGAGCAGUCCAUUGAAGCCCUCGAUGUCCUCAUGCUGGACCUCGCGCCUGCUGUCCACAAGUCACAGAGUGUGCCUGUCACCUCCCGCCAGGACAAGACGGUGGGACCCAUGCAGUCCUCCCUCUCAGCUCAGCCCAUCACUGGUCUCUAUGCCCGGUCAGCUCCACAGGUGGCCCAGCCAAGGUCCUUCAGUACCUCUGCAAGCCCUGUGGUCUCUGAGCCAGGGAGCAAAGCUUAUUCUCCUGGGGAGCUGGACUAUAGGGUGCAAGAAUACCAGGAAACCUACCGUCCUUACAGCUACCAGCCAGCACCGGUGCUGGAGCCAAGGAGCUACAGCCAUACCCCAACUGCAGCACCGAUGGGCAUCCUCCCACUUAGCACUUCCUACAGCCCUGUGGGGUCUCAGCAGCUCCUCGUUUCCUCCCCUCCUUCCCCCACCAUCCUGGCACAAACACAGAUGACCCCCAAGGGACCGGAGAGCUAUGAAGACCUGUCGAGGUCAGCAGAAGAGCCAUUGAAUCUCGAGGGCCUGGUGGCCCACAGGGUGGCAGAGUACAACGCCAAGCUCAGGGAACUCAACAAGAGCACCAAAGCCCCCCGUCCUCCUCUGAACCAGCAACGGUCCUUCUCCGGGGUGCAGUCCCAGGAGAAGCCCCCAGAGGAAAGCAUCGUCCCUGCCCGCAAGCGGACCCCCAGUGACAGCCACUAUGAGAAGAGCUCACCGGAGCCCAGCUCUCCUCGCAGUCCCACCGUCCUCUCACCCGAGGUGGUCAGCACCAUUGCAGCCAACCCUGGAGGGAGGCCCAAAGAGCCUCACCUACACAGCUACAAGGAAGCCUUCGAAGAGAUGGAGGGUGCCUCCCCCACCAGUCCACCCUCUGGCGGCGGUGAGAUUUCUCCCCCAACCCCAGCCUUCCCCGUCUCACCACAAACCCCUCACUCUGAACCCUUGCGUUCUCCCCCUGGCCUGGCCAAGACCCCACUCUCAGCACUGGGGCUGAAACCCCACAACCCGGCUGAGAUCCUGCUGCACCCAGUGGGAGACCAAGAAGGGGAGGUGGGCAGUGGCUCUGAAGAAGAGCCCAGGAGCUACGUUGAGUCGGUGGCCCGCACAGCCACAACAGGCAGGGGAGGGAGCCUGCCCACCACCCAGACUGGGGGCCCAGAGGUGCCUGCCAGGAAUGGCGCCUUUACCAACUCCUUCAAUGCCCCCAGCCCUGUCUCCACCAGCAGCCCCAUUCACAGUGUGGACGGGGCCUCCCUUCGCAGCUACCCAUCGGAGGGCAGCCCCCGCGGCGCAGUUACACCUCCCCAUGCCUCUGCCGAGCCCAUUUACCGUUCACCUGUCAGCUCACAGAUGCCCUCUGCUCACAGCAGCUACCAAAACUCGUCUCCGUCUUCCUUUGCAAUGGUCCAAGGCGGGGUCCCAGGCUCAGUGUACACGAGCCCUGACUACCCUGAUGGCCGAGCUGGCCUCCAGCCAGACCCCCAGGCUCGGCCACAGCCACAGGUCAAUGUGGUGGGUGUCCAUGUCCUGCCGGGGAGCCCUCGCACCCUGCACCGGACAGUGGCUACCAACACGCCACCCAGCCCUGGCUUCGGGCGAAGAGCCAUCAAUCCCAGUGUGAGCAGCACUCCGGGCAGCCCUGGGCUGAGCAGGCAUGCUGUGGCAGCCCACGGCAACCUGGUGGCCCCACCAGGGAGCCCCAGCCUGGCUAGGCAUCAAGCUGCAAUGGCUGUACCCCCUGGCAGCCCGCUGUAUGGCUAUCCCAGCCCAGAGGAGAGGCACCUGACGCUGUCUCGGCAGAGCAGCUCCUCUGGCUACCAGCCUCCCUCCACUCCAUCCUUCCCCGUCUCGCCAGCGUACUACCCUGGCACAAGCACACCACACUCUUCCUCCCCUGACUCAGCUGCCUACCGCCAGGGCAGCCCCACGCCGCAGCCCGUGCUGCCUGAGAAGAGACGGAUGUCGACCGGGGAUCGCUCCAACAGCCUCCCCAACUACGCCACAGUCAAUGGCAAGAUGUCCUCACCCCUCUCCAGUGGUAUGUCCAGCCCCAGUGGCGGAAGCACCGUUGCCUUUUCCCACACCCUGCCGGACUUCUCCAAGUUAUCCAUGCCAGACAUCAGCCCUGAGACUCGUGCUAAUGUCAAGUUUGUGCAGGACACUUCCAAGUACUGGUAUAAACCAGAGAUCUCCAGGGAGCAGGCCAUUGCCCUGCUGAAGGACAGGGAGCCAGGGGCUUUCAUCAUCCGAGACAGCCAUUCCUUUCGGGGAGCCUACGGCCUCGCCAUGAAAGUUGCUUCUCCACCUCCCACAGUCAUGCAGCAGAACAAGAAAGGAGACAUCACCAACGAGCUGGUGAGGCACUUCCUCAUCGAGACCAGCCCACGAGGUGUGAAACUAAAAGGAUGCCCCAAUGAGCCCAAUUUUGGAUGCCUCUCGGCUCUGGUGUACCAGCACUCCAUCAUGCCUUUGGCCCUGCCCUGCAAGCUGGUCAUUCCUGACAGAGAUCCCAUGGAAGAAAAGAAAGACACUGCAUCGGCCACCAACUCAGCCACUGACCUUCUCAAACAGGGUGCAGCCUGCAAUGUCCUGUUCAUCAAUUCGGUGGAGAUGGAGUCGCUGACGGGCCCCCAGGCCAUCGCGAAGGCUGUUGGCGAGACGCUGGUGGCUGACCCCACGCCCACCGCUACUAUUGUCCACUUCAAAGUCUCUGCACAAGGCAUCACGUUAACUGACAACCAGAGGAAAUUGUUCUUCCGACGACACUACCCCCUCAACACUGUCACCUUCUGUGACCUGGACCCCCAGGAACGAAAGUGGACUAAAACUGAUGGUAGUGGCCCAGCCAAGCUCUUCGGCUUCGUGGCCAGGAAGCAAGGGAGUACCACAGACAACGUCUGCCACCUCUUUGCUGAGCUGGACCCAGACCAACCGGCUGCAGCCAUUGUCAACUUUGUCUCCAGGGUCAUGCUUGGCUCUGGCCAGAAAAGAUGAGCCAGUGCAUGUGGGUGAUUCUUGAAUUUUGGAGAAGGACUUGGAGCUGAUCCGAGAAGGAGUGUGAGGAAGUGCAUUGUGGGAGAGGGAAGUGAAUCGGGGGGAGGGGGGAAAAGGGUUGGAAUUUUGGAGGAAAACAGCAAACAACUGAAAAAACCAACAAAACCCCUAAAAUCUCAACACAAGCUGAACACACGUGUAGAGGAACCAAAACCACGCACCUACGUAAGAGAGCAACAAAGUCACGCUAGACAAGAUGCAUGUCCCAUCACAGGGAAGGUGACCAAAGUGAAGGUGGCAGUGAAAGACAUGUUCCCAGCUUUUGGCAUCACAGUCCUGAGCGAUGAUGUUGGCUUGAGACUCAACGCGGGACCAUGACUGGUGUUUUCUAUCUGGGAAAAAAGAAACAACUGGCAAAACCCAUGGCAGAAUCUGUGUUCCAGCAGCUCCAUUGGUGAAUGUCUGAUGUGUGUUUGAAACGACCCAUAGGAGAUAACAACAUGGGCUGCAUCUGCAGGACGCUGAAGGAGAUACCUUUGGAAACCUUACCUUGCCCAGCUGCAGCAGGGGGUCCUCAUUGGCCCCUCCACUUCUCCUGAAGCCUGCCAGCUGCCUGGCACCUUGCUGGGGGCAUAGGAGGGCUUGGUGCUGCGCCUUCUCAUCCCCAGGUUGUUUGGUCAUGGGCCGACUUUUGUUGCUGACCCAGAGCCCAACACCAGUCACAGGUGAGCUGCUGUGAGUCCAUCUGGAGAGGGAGGUGAAGGCAUUUCUCCAACUUCCCGGGGGUGCUUGUUCCCCCCAUCCCACACCUGAGGAAGGCAGAUACUCCCAAGGAACCUCCUGAGAGGAUGCAGAAAGUCACCUCCUCUCCCAUCUUCCCCUUUUCUCUCCCAUCAGUAGUCCUCUUUGGCAGUUUUCUCCUGCGGCCUGUCACACGGUCUCUUAACAUGAAAAAAAAAGGAAAGGAAAAAAAACAUUGUAAUAAUAAUAAUUAUAAUUAUAAUAAUAGUGGAUGCUGGCACAAGUGGUUUCACUUGUGCGAAGCAGCAGACCCAUGGCUACCCCUAUCUCCCUCUUCGGAGACGUGCAAGCAGUUUUUAAAUUGCAUGGACAUUCAAGUUGCACGAAAGGCAAAUGACUACAAGUAACUCAGGCGCUUUUUUAUCCUUUUAUUUUGGAGGUCAUGGUAAAAAAACAAGGAAAAGAAGGAAGGGAAAAAAAUAGAAAAGGAUAGGCCCUGCAGUUGUUGGGCAACUUUGGCUCAGUUGGGGAGGUAACAGGUCCUCCAAGAGCCACUCUGCUUUGCACGCGUGUCCCCCCAAAACCAGAUGGUUGGAGGCUUGUGCCCCCUGAGUGCACUGAAAUAUUGCAGUGGCUUCAGUGCCAUUGGCUUUUCCCUUUGCUUUGGGAGGUGAGGAGGGCCAGCUGGGGUGCGAGAGGGGUAAAGGGCCCCUGUGGUAGGGGGCAGUUGGUUAGGGUGCAGCAGGUGGAGGUCUCAGCCCUGUGGUGUCAGGGUGGGUGCAGAGGAUGCUUCAGUCACAUGUGCAGGUUUGGGGUGAGGGGAACAGUCAGUGCUGAGCCCUCUGCUGCAGGUAUCCCCAUGAGACCCUUUUGGGAGAUUUCAGUGCAGAGUGACCCAGAUAGUUUAUUGGGGGCAAAAAUUAGAAACAGCACUGCAGCCCCUCUGGAAAGCUUGCCUCCCUUGGACCGCCUUUGCUUUGAUAGCUAUAAUAUAUAUAUAAGAGCUAUGCUGAUGAAAUACUGUAAGCUAACAACAUUUUAAGGAGGAAAAAAAGGUUAAAUUUACACUCUGAAAAUAUUUAUUUUUGCCAUACUGCUUUCCACACAUCAUAUCUCCCCCAUUAUAUCCACCCCCUGCCCCCUUCCCCUGCCCUGGGGAAACAGCUGUAUGUCAAAAGAAAAUCCAGAGCAAGGGAAAUUACAGAUGGGGGAAGAGGUCCGGGGGUCCCCCUGUGUUGGGGUGACGUGAGUGUGACUGGAGUGCAUGUGCGUGUGUGUGUGAGUGUGUGUACAUGGGGGAGCGAGCAGCGUGGGUGCCUGGAGGGGGCUGGCGCAGCUGGAGGCUGUACUGAAGCGAGCAGGAAAGGAUGCUUAGUGGGAAGUUGGCUGAAAGAUGGUGUCAGGACAGGAGGUUCUGGGAGGGGGGACUAUCCCCCCUCCCCAGCUCCCUGGCCUCAUGGAUGUGGAGACCUUUUCAUUUUUGAUGUUUCCAAAAAGUGAUUCCCUCCUUCUGCGAAAUUCAAGUGAGAUAAGAGAUGAUCUCACCGGUAAUCUCCUCACCCUGCCGUUCACCGAUUAGAGAAAACACUGUGUUUAUAGAUAUAUAAAGAUAUAUUUUUGAAAGGUUCUAUUUUUCAGACUUGGUUUUCUCACUGCUAAGAAAAAAGA